GUCCUCAUUCCCAAGCGGGCAUCAAGAUGGAUUUCCAAAUCAAUUCCAGCGCUUGUUUCUCUGCAGCUCCUCCUUUACCAGGACCAGCAAGAGUUUUUACUUUAUUUUCUGUUUCAUGCAUACGGAAUUCUACAAGUCCACUAAGUGGUAGUCAACAUGCCAAACGUCCUCCCUUGUGAUGGGAUGGAGACCAGUCCUCCAGAUGCUCAAGCCAAUGUCUCUCCAACCACUUCAGAUAUCGAAAAGCAACAGCCUACAGAAGAACAUGUUGAAGAAUCCAAAACGUCUGCAUUCAAAGGUCUCGGGUGGUUGGAUCGCUUCCUUGCCGUAUGGAUCUUUCUGGCCAUGGCUAUCGGGAUCAUAUUGGGCAACUUUGUGCCUAAUACCGGCCCUGCUUUGCAAAAGGGUACAUUCGUAGGGGUGUCUGUGCCGAUAGCUGUUGGAUUGCUGGUUAUGAUGUAUCCUAUCCUAUGCAAAGUCAAGUUUGAGACUCUGCAUCAUGUUUUCAGAGAACGGGAUAUCUGGGUCCAGAUAGGAUUCAGUAUAAUAGCGAACUGGAUCAUUGCUCCUCUCCUCAUGUUGGGGUUAUCAUGGGCUUUUCUUCCGGACAAGGAGGAACUUCGUGAGGGCCUCAUCCUGGUGGGACUUGCAAGAUGCAUUGCCAUGGUUCUCAUCUGGACGGGUCUCGCAGGAGGCGAUAGUCAGUACUGCGCCAUUCUCGUGGCCAUCAACUCCAUCCUCCAAAUGGUGCUCUAUGCACCCCUCGCCCUUCUCUUCAUAAAGGUCAUCAGCCGCGCUGAAGGCACCAUGUCCAUCGAAUAUUCCACCGUCGCCAAGAGCGUCGCAGUCUUCCUCGGUAUCCCUCUCGGGGCAGCAAUCGUAACCCGGUACAUUAUUCGCAAAAUUGCCGGUCUAAGAUGGUACAACGAGGUGUUCAUCAAAUGGCUAUCUCCAUGGUCUCUGAUUGGACUCCUGUUCACCAUCCUAGUCCUCUUCGCUUCCCAGGGUCGUCGAGUCGUUCAUCAAAUCGUCUCCGUCGUUCGAGUCGCUGCGCCUUUAAUAGUGUACUUUGCAGUCAUCUUCUUCCUGACUCUGCUUAUCACGCAUAAGCUAGGAUUCGGCUACAAGCUGGCUGCUACACAGAGCUUCACUGCUGCUAGCAACAAUUUCGAGCUUGCUAUUGCUGUCGCUGUUGCGAUAUAUGGAGCAAAUAGCGAUCAAGCCCUGGCCGCGACUGUGGGGCCGUUAAUAGAGGUACCGGUUUUAUUGGGCCUUGUAUACGUUGUGAAGUACAUAGGGAAGCGAAGACGGUGGAAAGACUAAGUAGAGCAAGCAAAUAUUGCUCGUCAGUUCCCAAUAAUACCCGCCUGCUAGGC